AUGAGCGCCACUUCACACACGGCCACUACUGUAAUGUCAGACCUCGCCCUGAUGAUCAAGUCCCGGGAGAAUGGCAGCACCAGUAGGUUGUUUUCGAAGUUGGGACCAGUUAUUGUAGGCUUUUAUGGGGGUUCGCAACUCGACAAGGAAAGUCUGGGCGGAAUCAUCCAACAGUUCGCGGAUCAGGAAGCUCACCACCAGGUAGCGCAGACGUCCUUAUCCAUGCAAGUCUGUCGACCGGAGAUGCAUGGUUCGAAGAUAUUCGGAAUGUUUGUCGACACAACUGGAGAUCUGGAUGCUGUCAAGACUGCGCUUGGAGCCUGGAAUAACGGAUCAUGUGUCGGUACGGGCCGAGGUGAAGCCGAGGUUUGGCCGACCAUCUCCGUAAAAUUAAUUCCGGGGAAGAUCAACGACGACGACGACAAAAACAAGGACUACACUACUGACAACAUUAUCGAGGAUGUUAGUGAUAAACAGACUAAACUGGACCUCGUGAGGCGCACCAACCAUCGAACUACCUGA